AUGAGUAUGACAGAGCAUAAGCCAUGUGAUCGGGCUCAAGGCAAUGAAUACAAGACAGGGGAAGAACACUCAAGAACCAUCCAUUCUAUCAAGGAGUCGGGAGUCUAUGUCACUGCCAGAAUAAAUGAGAUGGAUGUAUACUUACUCAUUGAUAGAGGUGCCACCGUUUCCUUGCUAUCAAAGGUAUGCUAUGGAAAUAUACAAGGAAAUGACACUUGGCGCAUGGAAAAGGUUGACAGAGAUAUACUGUCUGCCAACGGAUCAUCGGUAGGGAUAUACGGUAAAACAUCUAUCAGCCUUGCGCUGAAUGGAACAUCUAUACUACAGGAAAUGAUUGUGGCUGAUAUAUCUGUGGAUGGAAUCCUUGGUUUAGAUUUCCUUGUGAAGUAUAAGGCUAUCAUAAACAUGCGUACACACAAAGUUUCUAUAUCGGGCAUAGAACACCUUAUUCACUUAGAAGGCACGGCACCGGAAUACAAGAUUGCACUGAUAAACAGGGUUGUAAUACUCCCCAGAUCUGAAAUAUUGACCGAGGGCAAGAUCUGUGCAGGACCGGAUGGAGGGUUCCCGGUGAAAAUUGGACUUAAAGAGCCAUCUGAAAAACUGAUAAAAUCAGAUUCUGCUAUGCUGACUAGGACUUUGGUUCGACGCCAAGAAAGAGUGCCACUCCGUCUUAUGAAUAUGUCAGCAACUAACAGGACUAUUCAGCCAGGAACAGUGGUCGGUAACUUGUCUCCUGUUAGUGAGAUGAAGGCAUACUUUUUAGAGCCAGUAGUGAGCACCAAAGUUCUUGGAAACCACGAUAAGGGCAAAGCGAGAUUCUUGCUUAUCCGGUACUCAGAUUUGUUCUCAGAGACUGAUGAGGAUGUCGGUCGAACCUCAGUGGUUCAGCACAAGAUCGAUACCGGAAACCAACCAGCUCUCAAACAGCCACCAAGACGUCUGCCAUUUCAUAUGCAGAAAGAAGUCGACAAACACGUUUCUGACAUGCUAAAAAGGGGUAUCAUUGAGCCUUCAACAAGCGCUUGGUCGUCAGCAAUCGUCUUGGUACAAAAGAAGGACGGAUCAAAAGAUUCUGUGUAG